ACUCCCCACUAGCACAAUCGUUAAAACUUAAAAUUUCCUUAAAUAUAGUAAAAAUAAUAAAUACUAAAUAGUCAAAACUUAAAAUAGUCUGGUAAUUCGUACAACUGCCAUCACCCACCCAUGUGACAAAAUUGAGAAUAUAUGUUUUCAUUAUUUCAAUUGUCACUCGUCAGUGUCUCCAGCUAUCUAAAUAAUAGUAAUUUUGUUAAAUAUCAAUAUAUUUUCUGUGGUUGUUAGACUAACAUGUGUACAAAUUUCCAGUUUUAGUUCUGUAGUGCUAUACUCAAAAGCCCGAUUUAGAACGUUUAGGUUCUUUCUGUGGGUUAAUCCUUAUUGUGACAGACAACAGUAUUUAUAACGCAAUUAUCAAUACAUCGUUAUAGAAUGUGGAUAACUAUGAAAACAUAUUCCAUACAAAAUGAAGAAGAUAUUAGUGAAAUAUUGUUAAAUAAUAUAAAUAAUUUCAACAAUGUGUUUGAAUUAAAAAAGAAAAACAUAUUAAAAUCUAACAAGAAAAUUAUAAUUGGCAUGGAUUUAAUUUUGCUCAAAGCAAACCUGACAUCAUUACAAAUUCAAAAAACUAACAUUUCAAAAUCUUUAUUGAAAAAGAACAGUAAAGUGUAUUUUGUAAGUUGUAUUAACAUCAAAAAUAAAAAAGGUGAAUAUUUCAGUUCAUUAAUAAAUAAUAUAAGUGAAAAUGAUAGAAUAAUUAUAAUUAACGGAAUUAUACUUACACAGUCUAGUAUUUACAAUUCUAACAUAUUAACUGUUUUAGUUCGACCACAAGAUAAUUCUUCAGUUAUCUUACUUAAGUAUAAAACUUCAUUAGAAAUUUCAAAUUCACUACUUGAAAAAAAUCUUUCUUUAUUAACUGGUCCUGGUGUUUAUUCGUUAUUUGGAAAUGUAAAAAAAAUCGUUAGAUAUGACGAUAAAAAAUUAAUGGCCAUAAGAUUACAGUGUUGUGAUAAAGCAUGCUUAAAAACUCUUAAAUAUUCUCAUUUUGUUUAUGAUUAUAAAAACAAUUUAAACAAAAAAACUGAAUCUGAAGUUAAAUACGAUUCAUUUUCAAACAAAAUUGAUAUUUUAGUUAAAACUCCAAGUAAUGAUUUUACUUCAUUGUCACUUAAUCAGCGAAUAUGUUUAAACAAUGUAAAAGUGAAAAAUAUAAAUAAUUUGGAUAUAUUUUCACUACAUAUGAAUGGAAAUAGUCAAAAUAUAAAAGCUGAUCCAAUAGAAACUGGUAUUGCAAAUUCUCUUAGACCUCCUACAAGACAUUUUCCAAUACCAAAUGAAUUAAAACCUUCAACUCAGCCUAAGACCAAACAAUUAUCUAGUGAUGGUCAACUGGUUUUAAAAGAUUAUACUCAGGAGUUAAGUACAAUAAUUUCUCCAUCAAAAACAUUACUGGAUUUAUCUGAUGAUGAUAUUGUCAAUGUGUCACCAUGUAAAGACUUUUCAACAUCUACUCAGAUUAUUCAGAAGGAUAAUAAUGAUCUCAAUAGUGCUUGUUCAUUUGGCAAAAGAAAAUGUAAUGAUCACUCAUUAAUUACUUUAUCAAAUAAAGAUACCUCCUUAAAUGAAAGAAAAAUAUUUUCACAAAGAGAAAUUUCACCAAGCUCUUCUACAUCUACAGAUGGUUCAUGUUCACCUAGUUUCUUCAACAACGAACCAGAAUUAUUAGUAUCCAACCAAGAAACUCAAUCUAAUGUUGUAAACCAACCUACACAGUGUAUAGGUCCUUGUAGACUAAUUUAUACUGAACCAAACAUAUUUGUUAGUAAUGAAAUUGUAAGUGGAUAUUGCAUAGAAUGUGUAGCAUUUAUUCAAAAAUGUUACCUUAAACAGUCAAAUCAAUCUUCAAGUAUGGAAUACAAGUGUCCUAAAUGUUCUAAUAUUGUACAUCUUACAUUUUUUUUUACUAUGAAUUUUCUGUAUGGAAAUAAUGAAUCUCAAGCUAUACAAGUAUGCUGUUACAAUAAACAUGCCGAACAUGUAAUCAGAAAAAUUUCAAAAAAAAAAAUAAAACUUGAAGAAUAUUUAUCGAACCCCAGUACUAGACAACUAGUUAUAAAUUCAAUGAAAUCACUUAUUAGCAAUAAAACAAAAUUAAACAUAAUUGUUUGUCUUUCGCCAAGUGAUAAUACUAACAUACUUCUGGGAAUAGAUACUAAAUAUGUGGUUACAGUUACAACAUAAUAAACAAUAUUAUUUUUUUUUUACAUUCUUAACUGUUGGAUUAAAUUUAUU